GAACUGUCUGUCCUUGUGGCUGAACAUCACUGACGAUAAUGCGAAUUCUUCUGACAUUUUCGAUGAAAUUCUCGAGCUGAUUCUCUAGGUUCUCUAACGCUGACGACAUCUUGAAUGUUUAUGACCCCCUGGCGCCCUCAGCGCACAUGAAUAUCUCCAGAACUACGAGAGAUUCCCACGGUAAAUAAAGAUAGAAAGCUGUAGAAAUGUUUGGGUAGAUUGUAUUACGUCGUUCGUUGCGGUUCAUUUGACGUUUCGAAAGGCAAUGGCUCUAAAACAGGUGAUCAUAGGCGGUGGAACCGGCUACAUAGGCUCUGCACUUGCAUUUGCGUUGAGAGCUGAAGGAGCAAGUGUUAGUAUUAUCUCCCGAAAAGCUAACGGACCUAAUCAAAUUUCUUGGGAGGACGUGAAAAAAAACGGACUUCCAAAGGAUACAACAGCAGUGAUAAACGUCGCAGGUCAAAACAUCUUGGAUCCCACCAAAAGAUGGAACAAAGAGUUCAAGAAAGAAGUCAGGGACAGUCGAGUAAAUACUACCAGGGCCCUAGCAGAAGCAGUGAAGAAUUCUGGAACUGAGGUCUUUACAACAGUUUCUGGAGUGGCUUACUACAAACCUAAUGACAAAGAAUGGACGGAGGAUGACAAGUGUGAAAAGUAUGAUUACCUUUCAGAACUCUGCCAUGAGUGGGAGGCAGCUGCAGACCUACCAACAGAUAGCAAAUGCAGAAGUGUGACAGUUCGUUCUGGAGUAGUUUUGGGAAGAACUGGAGGAAUGAUCCAACAAGCUUUUAUUCCUUUUGUCCUCGGUCUCGGUGGACCUAUAGGAAAAGGGAGUCAACCAAUGCCUUGGAUACACAUUGCAGACUUGGUGAAUUUGUUCAAAUUCUCUUUGAAAGAGAAUAAAGUUUGUGGGAUUUUGAACGGAGUUGCACCCGACAUUAUUACGAACAAGGAAUUUACUGCAGAAUUUGCAAAAGCUCUGAGGAGGCCAGCAAUAAUUCCCCUCCCGGAAUUCGUGGUUAAUUUAAUUUUUAAUGAAGAACGAGCAAAGAUUGUUCUUGAAGGACAGAAAGUGAAUCCAAAACGAGUAUUGGAAUAUGGAUUUGAGUACAAAUACCCAACAAUCACCGAAGCGUGUAAACAAUUUUCUGUUCUCUCCCCAAAAAGUGUAUAUUAAAUAUAUAUAUAUAAAUAAAACUGAUUCUGGUUCAGUAAAAU